AUGUCUCUCAGCAGUCUGCCCUCCUUUCCGGUGGGGCUCACCUACGAUGACGUCUUGCUCGUUCCACAAAAAAGUCCGGUACGUUCCCGCAAAACUGUCCGCACUUGCACUCGUCUCUCGCGCAAUAUAAAGCUGCAGAUACCUAUUGUGGCAAGUAACAUGGAUACGGUGUGUGAGCACCAGACUGCGAUUGCCAUGGCCCGUGAGGGUGGCAUUGGCAUCUUGCACCGUUUUUGCAGCAUUAAGGAGCAGUGCGACAUGCUGUCCAAGGUGAAGCGUGCACAGUCCUUUCUGAUUGAGAAUCCCCGCAUGAUUAUGGCCCACCAGACGAGUGAGGAGGCACUUGAAGGUCUGAAGUGGAAGGGCCGGAAAGGCGGCGUUGGUUGUCUCAUGGUUGUGGACGGCUUAUCGACGCGAAAGCUGCUUGGCAUCAUCACACGGCAGGAUUUGGUCAUUGCUGAAGCGGGGGAGCCGGUGUCGAAGCUUAUGACCCCGAUUGAUCGGCUAGUGGUGUCGCAUGACCCGGGAAUUACGUUGGACGAGGCGCGAGAGAUGAUGCGGAGGCACCGCAUGUCUAAUCUUCCGAUUAUUGGAAAGGACAACUCCCUCAUGUACCUUGUCACCCUCGCCGAUGUGGUGAAGCUCACACAGAACAGGUACGCAUCCCUCGACGUCCGCGGUCGCCUGCUCGUGGGCGCCGCCGUGGGCGUGAAGAAAGACGACCUGACGCGAGCUGCGAUGCUAGUGGAGGCUGGCGCGGACGUGCUCGUGGUGGACAUCGCCCAUGGCCACAGCAGCAUAUGUAUUGACAUGCUCAAGCAGCUCAAGGCGGACCCACGCACAAACAAGGUUGAUAUCGUGGCGGGCAACAUCGCGACGGGCGAGGCGGCGGAGGAACUCAUCCAGGCUGGCGCCGAUGGCUUGAAGAUUGGUGUGGGACCGGGCAGUAUUUGCACCACCCGCCUCGUCGCCGGCUCCGGGGUGCCGCAGCUCAGCGCUGUGUUGGCGUGCACGCGUGUGGCACGCAAGCACGGUGUCCCAUGCAUUGCCGACGGGGGAAUAAAAACGGGGGGCGACAUUUGCAAAGCCAUCGCGGCGGGGGCCGACACUGUCAUGGUUGGAAACCUUCUCGCCGGCACCGACGAGGCCCCGGGCCGCGUGCUUGUGAAGGAUGGCAAAAAGGUGAAAAUCAUCCGCGGCAUGGCGGGGUUUGGUGCCAACCUCAGCAAGGCAGAGCGGGAGAGCACGCUGGACGAGGAUGCCUUUGCCGAGAUGGUGCCGGAGGGAGUGGAGGGUAGUGUGCCCUGUAAGGGGCCGCUGUCUCCCAUUGUGCGACAGCUUGUCGGGGGUCUCCGCUCGGGCAUGUCGUACAGUGGUGCCUGCACUAUCAAGGAGAUGCACGAGAAGGCUCAAUUCGUGCGCAUGACGGGAUCUGGACUGCGGGAGAGCGGCAGCCAUGACAUAUCAAAGUUGUAA